CCAGUGCCCCCGAGCAUUGGGAGCAGCUGCGCGUGCCCAGUGUCUCCGAGCAUUCGCCGCCAGGUGCAGCUGCGCGUUCCCGGUGCCUCCCGGAGCAUCCGCGGCUCAGACCCGCGCCCGGCCCGGGAGCAUCCGCCGCUCGGUGCAGGUGCGCGUGCCCGGCGCUCCCGGAGCAUCCGCCGCUCAGACCUGCGCGUACCCGGCGCCUCCGGAGCAUCCGCCGCUCAGACCUGCGCGUACCCGGUGCCUCCGGAGCAUCCGCCGCUCAGACCUGCGCGUACCCGGCGCCUCCGGAGCAUCCGCCGCUCAGACCUGCGCGUACCCGGUGCCUCCCGAGCAUCCGCCGCUCAGACCUGCGCGUACCCGGCGCCUCCGGAGCAUCCGCCGCUCAGACCUGCGCGUACCCGGUGCCUCCGGAGCAUCCGCCGCUCAGACCUGCGCGUGCCCGGCGCUCCCGGAGCAUCCGCCGCUCAGACCUGCGCGUACCCGGUGCCUCCGGAGCAUCCGCCGCUCAGACCUGCGCGUACCCGGUGCCUCCCGAGCAUCCGCCGCUCAGACCUGCGCGUUGCUGGGCGCCCACUGACCGGCCUUCCCCGCAGCACCCCGGCCCUGCAGCCCGCGGCUUGGCCAUGACGGCGCACUCCUUCGCCCUCCCUGUCAUCAUCUUCACGACGUUCUGGGGCCUCAUCGGCAUCGCCGGGCCCUGGUUCGUCCCGAAAGGCCCCAACCGCGGAGUGAUCAUCACCAUGCUCGUGGCCACCGCUGUCUGCUGCUACCUGUUCUGGCUCAUCACCAUCCUGGCUCAGUUGAACCCCCUGUUUGGGCCGCAGCUAAAGAACGAGACCAUCUGGUACGUGCGCUUCCUGUGGGAGUGAGCACCGUGGCGCCAGGUGCCCACGCCGAUGGUCUGGCCUCUACUGUCCCUGACGUCCUGGUCACCCCUGCAGCUCGUCCUAGCCCCUCUCUGUGCCCCCUGCCCGCCCCCCUGCCCCCAGGUUCCCCCUUCCCCAGACCACCUUGCCGUGGCGGGGGCAGGGGAGGUGUGGCCCCCAGUCCUGUCUACCCCUGAGCUGUCUCCCUGGAGGCUCUGGGUCAGGGGUCACUGUUGGUGCUGCCCAAGCCUGUCAUGUGACCCCCCCAGAAGCUGCACCCCACCCCUCGGCUUCCUCACCUGAGCAGGGGGGGAGCAGUGGGUGAGUGGGCCGAGGCCCUUCCCAGCCCGGCCCGGCUUCUUGGGUCUCCCAUCACUCCAAUGCAGGCGGGGCCCCAGGCUUACCUGUCCUGGUCUGCUCAGGGAGCUUCUGGAACACGGGUUCCGCCCCCGUGGACUAGCCCCCUUACCAGCCCCCGUCUGAGCAUGCAGGAGUCUGAACAGCCUGCCCUGGGGUUGGGGGACCGUGGGGUGGGUUCUGGGGCCCCUCACUGCCCACGCAAGGGCCUCUGGUGCCGAGUGUCUCGGGAGGUGGGGGGCAGGGGGCCAGUCCUGUGGUGCGGGAGCGCGGGCUGCUGAGCCCAGGGAGGCCGGCUCAAGGCCACACCUUCCCGGGAGCCCCAGGGCCCAGGGUCUCGGCCUCCAGGCUCUCCCUGCCCAUCUGACGAUGCUUGUCUGACGGUCCCCCGCCCCCUCCCCGUUUCAGGACUCUGGGGUGGGGCGGGGUGUGAUGCGCCUGCCCAGACUCCCUUGGUCCUGCACUUGGCCUGUGGCGUGGCCCCGAGUGGGGUCUCCCAUGGGACCCCCCACCCCGCCUCCCCCCACCAUCCUGCCCUCUGAGGCCCUCCUGGGGGACGGGGGAUAGGCUGUCCUGUCCAGUGGGAAUUGCUGUUUGGUGGCAGGUGGGUGCUGAGCCCAGAUCUGCUGACGGCUGCCCCGUCCCACCCAAGGCGGGUGAUGGGGUGGGGGGUCCCAGCUGUGGCUGUGGGGUGUGGGCACAGAGCUGCCCUGGGCCCCUGUCCCGGAGUCGCCCGGUGCAGGAGGGAGAUGGGCCCAUCCCUCUCGCGACCCCGACCCACAAUAAACAGGUUCCCAGCGUC